AUGAAGUCUCUCGCAUCCAUCGUCGCGCUCGCCACCCUCCUCGCCGUCCCCGCGCAGGGCGUCGCCGUCUGGGGCCAGUGCGGUGGCAUCGGCUACGGCGGCUCCACCUCCUGCGACUCCGGCACGUCGUGCGUGUACGUGAACGACUACUACUCGCAGUGCCAGCCGGGCACCGCGACGACGACGAAGACGACGACCUCCGGGGGCUCGACGACGACCUCGGCGAGCUCGCCGGCGGCGACCGGGCUCGACAAGCACUUCAAGGCGCACGGGAAGGUGUUCUUCGGGACGUGCUCGGACUCGGGCACGUUCAGCAACUCGCAGGACUCGACGGUCACGAUCCGCGAGUUCGGCGGGCUCACGCCGGAGAACUCGAUGAAGUGGGACGCGACGGAGCCGAGCCGGAACUCGUUCACGUUCUCGGGCGCGGACGCGCUCGUGAACUACGCGACGACGCACGGGAUGGCGAUCCGCGCGCACACGCUCGUGUGGCACAACCAGCUGCCGACCUGGGUGUCGUCGAUCACGGACAAGACGACGCUGACGUCCGUGAUCCAGAACCACAUCGCGAACGUCGCGGGGCGGUACAAGGGCAAGGUCCGCUCGUGGGACGUCGUGAACGAGAUGUUCAGCGAGGACGGCAGCGUGGACACGAGCCAGGUGUUCGCGAAGGUGCUCGGGUCCUCGUUCGUGAACAUCGCGUUCGCCGCGGCGCGCUCCGCGGACCCGAACGCGGUGCUGUACAUCAACGACUACAACCUGGACUCGGUCAACGCGAAGUCGCAGGGGCUCGUCAAGCUCGUGAACUCGAUGAACGCCAACACGCAGCUCAUCGACGGCAUCGGCACCCAGAUGCACCUCAGCGCCGGCGGCUCGAGCGGCGCCGCGGCGGUCGUGAAGUACCUCGCGACCGCGACGAAGAUCAAGGAGGUCGCGAUCACCGAGCUCGACAUCGCCUCGGCGCCCUCGACUGACUACGUCAACGUCGUCAAGGCCUGCCUGGCGGAGCCCAAGUGCGUGUCGAUCACCGUCUGGGGCGUGCGCGACUCGGACUCGUGGCGCACGGGCCAGAACCCGCUGCUGUUCGACGACAACUUCCAGCCGAAGGCGGCCUACAACGCGAUCAUUUCGACCCUCGGAUGA